UCUGGUCCCAUCUACCGUGUGGUGUCUGGUCUGGUCCCAUCUACCGUGUGGUGUCUGGUCUGGUCCCAUCUACCGUGUGGUGUCUGGUCUGGUCCCAUCUACCGUGUGGUGUCUGGUCUGGUCCCAUCUACCGUGUGGUGUCUGGUCUGGUCCCAUCUACCGUGUGGUGUCUGGUCUGGUCCCAUCUACCGUGUGGUGUCUGGUCUGGUCCCAUCUACCGUGUGUUUGUCGUCCUCUGGUGGCUCUGUUUCUGUAAGAAUCAGAUGUGGUCUUUGUUGGAGGUUCGAUUGAAUACUGUAGCUAGCUAUUUACUGGCUAAAACCUAGUCAACAGCAUAGCUGUAUUUGUUUAUAAUUCAUUUUAUUAGAAAUAAUAUUAUAUUCAAACUGAGUGAUGAGACUCGAGAACAUUUGACAGUACUGUCAAAAAAUUCAAGACUUCUUAGGUCACAUGAGUCAGUGGAAACAGGCUAACGUUAGCCCCGCAGACAUCAGAAGUUGUUGUUGAUGAGCGAGAAGCAGCUAGGCUAGCUAACUGCCAUUGAAUCCCAUCCAAGGGACAGCUAGAAAAAAAGCUAGAAAUUAUCACAGUCGUCGAAUUUAUUCUUCAAAACUUGGCAACGCUGGUUGAAUGUUGACCACGGUUAAGAUUAUAAUGACUGACACGAAACAUAGACGCAUGUGACCAACUACCUAAUGUAUGUAGUAGCACAUGAUCCGGCCCAGCUGGAGGCUUCAAUAAUUCACGGGUUUCAGAAUAUCCACACUGAGUAGUAAAGGUCCUAUUUUCCAGAGGACGAGACCACGUGUUGUUAAGAGCCAUGGCCACCAAGUCAUCUCUGCUGAAAGUCAUCCUGCUGGGAGACGGAGGAGUGGGGAAGAGCUCCCUCAUGAACCGCUACGUCACCAACAAGUUUGACACGCACCUCUUCCACACCAUCGGAGUGGAAUUCCUUAACAAGGACCUGGAGGUGGACGGUCGUCUGGUCACCAUGCAGAUCUGGGACACGGCCGGACAGGAGCGUUUCCGCAGCCUCAGGACUCCCUUCUACCGCGGGUCUGACUGCUGUCUGCUCACAUUCAGUGUGGAUGACAACCAGAGCUUCCACAACCUGGCCAACUGGAAGAAGGAGUUCAUCUACUACGCCGACGUCAAGGAGCCUGAGAAGUUCCCCUUCGUGGUGCUGGGGAACAAGGUGGAUGUGUCAGAAAGGCAAGUUUCUUCUGAAGAUGCUCAACAGUGGUGUCGGGAAAACGGCAAUCACCCUUAUUAUGAGACCAGUGCCAAGGGUUCCACCAACGUAGCCAUAGCCUUUGAGGAGGCGGUGCAGAGAGUGCUGGCCAUGGAGGAAAGGGCAGACCACCUCAUCCCCACGGACACAGUCAACCUCCACAGAAAGCCCCGCUCCAGCACUUCCUGCUGUUGACAACGUGUAGUGCCUACCCAGUGCUUGACUUGGACUGAAAUAGGUGCCAGUGCUCAUUUUGGGUGCCGGUACUGUUUACGUUUAGGUGCAGGA